AUGUCUGGGAGAAGGUUGUUGGACCUGGCUGCUCUGUUCAAUGCCUCCCGCGGCGUUGCGCAGAAGCACGCGGCGCUGAGAGCAAGACAGCUCGAUGUGUACAACAGAACCUCGACUUUGGCUCGAGCCGUGCGGAACCAGACCGAUCGGGUUACGGAGACUGCUAAAGCUGCGUCUUUUCUUGCGUCCCGUUUGAGCGAGGACAGGCCGGCAUGGACAUAUGGUACGGAGGGGGAGAAACCGGCGAGUUCGUCGAAGGGUGCAGAAAAGUCUGGGGAUGGAGAACCGAUUCCAAGUAAGAACUCUACGAGUGGGACUCCGGAGAAAGGAGUGAAGGAGGGGUUGGAGCAGGAUCAUCAUUAUGAGAAGUCUCCAAGCAACACUGUUUUGGAUAAGGAGUCGGAGGGCAAGUUGGGUAUUAAACAGGCAAAGGCCGGGCAACAUCCUCUUCCCGAUGGCAGCAUACCCCCCGAAGAGUUCAAGGAACACGCUCCGAGCAUAGACCAAGCAACCUCGCGCCCAGUUGGAAGCCAUCUUUCAUCAAGAGCGGCGAGGAUCGCUCAACGACAAUCCGAAUUCCAAAUACCAUCUAGGACCGCAGAUGAGGCGGAUGACUCCAAUGCAACCCUGAAGAAGGAAGGCCAUGAUACAGAUACAUUCAACAAGCCGCCUACGCACACUUCCGCCACACUGUCCUCUCUCCCCAGAACCAAAAUCCCAAAACACACUUCAGGUGUUCAGGAAUUUGAGGAGUCGAUAACCCCAGACGUAUUCCACAAUGUUGAGGGAUCGAAAUCAACGCCUGGGACAGAGCCCACUGCUUCUCAGGAAGAAGAUUUGGAAGGUAUUAAUACUGCCCUUUUUCAUAGUCCGAGGGUUGCAAGGACACUUGGGGGCAGAGUCCAAGCCGGAAGAAAGGUUGGGCUAGAUGGGGAAAGUCCAACUCGAGGACAUGCGAGUGUUUCGGCUGAAAUGGAGGGGGCCAAGACGCGGACGGAGGAUUUACCCAAAGCCAGCGUGGAAGACAUCAAAGUCGAACCAACUAUGGAGCCCGAAAUUCCUUAUGAGCUCAGAGAAUCAAAAAUUCCUUCCUCGAGGAUAGGUAGGCUGUGGAAUUAUGGCGGGCUAGCAGCGGGCAUGUUUGGAGGAGCAAUCACUGAGAGUUUCCGCCGCAUAGGUGGAAGUGGAGGGGAGGGGUCAUAUAUGCUCAGCCCAGAUAACAUGGAGCGACUCGUCGCUAAGUUAUCCCGCAUGAGAGGCGCGGCGCUCAAGUUAGGCCAAAUGAUCAGCUUUCAAGACUCUAAGCUACUACCCGAAGCCCUUCAGGAGGUACUGCAAAGAGUGCAAGAUCGAGCGGACUACAUGCCAGCUUCACAACGAAACAAAGUGUUGGCUGCUAAUCUUGGACCGGAGUGGCGAGAGCUCUUCUCAAGCUUCGAUGAGAAGCCCAUCGCUGCUGCAUCGAUAGGCCAGGUUCACAGUGCCGUACUGAAGUCCAAUGGAGCUCGGGUAGCUGUGAAAGUCCAAUAUCCAGGCGUUGCUGACUCAAUCGACUCCGAUCUUAAUAACCUCGCCAUCCUCCUUACCGCAUCACGCCUUCUGCCCAAAGGCCUUUUCCUCGACAAGACUAUUGCUAAUGCAAGACUCGAAUUAGGAUGGGAGUGUGACUAUAUUCGAGAAGCGGAGUGUGGCCGCAAGUUUGAGGAAUUGCUUUCAGGCGAGCAAGAUGUUUUCGUUGUGCCAAAAGUUUACCUCGAGGCCUCCGGGAAGCAAGUUCUUACCAUGGCAUUCAUGGAUGGAAUUGGAGUGACGAGAGUGAAGAGUUUCACACAGGAGCAGAGAGACUGGAUAGGCACCCAGAUCCUUCGUCUUUGUCUCCGCGAAAUUACCGAGUUCAAGUACAUGCAGACGGAUCCCAACUGGACCAAUUUUCUAUACAACGACGAUACGAAGAAGCUAGAGCUGCUUGAUUUUGGGGCCUCGAGGGCGUACCCAGACGAAUUCAUCACAAAGUAUUCGAACCUGCUGGCAGCAGCCUCCAGGGGUGAUCGGGACACAGUGCGGAAUUUGUCUAUCGAGCUAGGUUAUCUUACCGGCGCCGAGUCGAAGGCAAUGGUCAACGCCCAUAUCAAAUCUGUGCUUAUAUUAGCGGAACCGUUCUUAGACACGUCGCCCGAAGUAUAUGACUUCAAGGGGCAAACCAUCACGGAAAGAGUCAAAGACUUAAUUCCUGUGAUGAUUCGCGAGAGAUUGGCUCCGCCGCCGGAAGAAACGUAUAGUCUGCAUAGGAAGCUCAGUGGAGCAUUUUUGCUGUGUGCAAAACUUGGGAGCCGUGUACCAUGUAGAGAGAUGUUCCAAACUAGCAUGAAGAAGGCGGGUAUCAUAUAA